AUGGACAGAAACCUCUCCAUCGACUUCUUCGUCGUCUCCGUCUUCGUCGCCGCCCACAACGUGUCCUGCAAGUCGCUGCCGCGCUGCCGCCGCGUUGGUUCCUCCCCCGACCCCCGGCUCGAUCGCCAGUCUCUGCGGCUGCGAUGGAUCGAGCUCCCCCCGCACCAUGAUGGGUUAAGCGUUGAAUCUGCUCUGGCCCUUCUCGUUGACUUUGUGUACGGCCGCGAUGUCUGCGUGCAUCUGACCCCCGCACCUCGCCUCGCCCUCCGCCUACCCGCCGUGGCGGCUCGCGCCAGCGGCGGAAGAGAAGUCCGAGCCGCGGAGGGAGACGGAAGGCGCGUCAUCCCUAUCGCGCGGUGCUACGACGCUGGCCUCGCGCGGCUCGAGGUCACCGGCGCCGCGCGGUGGGAGCAGGCGGUCGCAGCCGCGGCGGCGGCCGACGGCGGCGUGGCGGCGGACGCGCACCUCGGCGCUGGAUCCGAGGCCAUGGUUAUGGAGGCCUUCCUCCCUGGCCCUGGCGGCGCCGCGUCCACUCGUGUGGUUCCUGUGGAUUUCAGCAUUAGUUCAUCAGAUGGAAAACUUCUAUCUGCUCUUGCUGAAGCCAUUUUCUCAUGUGUCAUUGAGGAGAUUGGGGGUCCUGAUUUUGUUCUUUUGGCUCAUGAGUUCAUCCCUUCUUAUAAACUGCAAAUUAAUGCCGCAGCAUUCAAGAAUACAGAGCUUAAAGGCUGUCAUGAGUUAGCAAAUAAUAGGCAGGAAGUUCUCGUAUCCCACUUCCAACUGGCGGAACUAGGGAAUGUUCUUGACAUGUAUUUUGAAGAUCAAUUCACGUUACCUGGCAAAACUUUUCAUUCUCACUGGAAUGUAGAACCAUCAAAGAUUAGAAAGAACAAUGGUUAUCUGAACAACCUCUUUGCUUUCUUGGCUGGUAGCUCUGUUAUUCUUAUUGUUGGUGUCCUUGCUCAGUUAUACUGGCCUCAGUCUCUUAAAGAUAAAAGUUUGUUCAUGGAGGUGGAGAAGAACAAGGAGGUGGAGAAGGACAAGGAAGUGGCCACGGAAAUGGCGAAGGUUGAUGUUGGUUGUAUGGAUUUGUUGUACGACUUGGAACAUUCUAUGUUGGAGACUUUGUUGUUGGAGACUUCGUUGUUGGACUAUAUGGACUAUUGUAUGGACUUGUUGGACUAUUAUGUAUGAACUUUGUUGUUGAUGAUGUGCAAAUGCUC